UAUCCCAAAGUUACUCAUCAUUAUGGUUGUAUUUUGUGCUGUGCACAUCUGAUAGCUCCUCUUCAACCACCGAGCGAGGUCAAAACAGAUGCGAGUAAAAGGGGUAAUCAGUGAAGUUUACUAGAGUGAAAUCGGUACUACUUUCACUUUCCGAGUCUAUAAAUAUGCCUUCCUUAAACUAGCAAGGCUAAAGGCGAGCAAAGUUACAUCAAAGCUAUCGGCAGGCUGCGCUGCGAUAAAUGGCAUCGAAGGCCAUCCUUCUCGCGGCCGCCGUGGUCUUGGCGGCGUGCGUGCUCGGCACCGCGGAGGCGAAGCUCGGCCGGCUCGUCAUCACCGGCGUCGUGCCCUGCAACACCGGCAGCCUCAUCGACAUCGCCACCUCCCCAGCGUUCCCGAACGCGGACGUGGAGCUGAGGUGCAUGGGCAAGAUGGUGGCGGGGGCGACGACGAACAGCAACGGAUCCUUCUCGAUGGAGGCGGACCUGACGAACGCGCUGGCGGCUUUCAUCGGCGGGUGCACGCUGGUGGUGGACACGCCGCUCAUCAAGUGCAACGCCGACCUCACGGGCGUGGGGAGCCUCGUCUCCUACCUGCAGGGCCCGCUCACCCGGCUGCUCGGCGGCAUCUUCCACCUCUUCCCCGCGGGCUUCUCCUUCCACGCCCGACGAAAUUAGCGUAGAUGCCCCCCUGCAGCUGCAGCAUGGUGAUCUGAUAUUUCCUCGUCUAUCUAUGUCAGUCUUGAAAUGGGAUGUACUGUGUGGUACUCUAGAGGUGGUGAUAUUUGUAUGUUGAAGGUUCAUGGCAUGCAGCAGACCAUGAUGAUAUGGAAAUGGCAAACUGGGAUGUAUGGUAUUCUAUACUCCGCAAAUGUGUCUAGACAUAAAUGCUAUGUCAAUUGCAGUGAAGUAAAAC